ACCAACAAUAUUAAAUCUGAAUUACUCUGCUGAAUUUGAUAAAAGUCAGGUUUUGGUCAUACUUUUGAGUUGAUAGAUAAUUAAGCUCCUUAAGUUUACUCAAAAGUUCAAUCUUAGGGCGAUAUAUAUGAAGAAUGACUUGUUGGGAGAUGUCUAUCUACUUAAUGUGAUCUACAAGUUUCGAGAGAAUUAGUCUCACUGUUGUUGAUUGUGGGGAUAUUUUAGUAAUAAUAAAAAUUAUGCCGUAAUAGAUUCUCAUGAACAAUAAAUAUUUGUGUACAACUUUUGGGGGGAUUAGAGAGAUAAGAGAAGAUGAGAUAUACCUGAUAGAUAUAAAUGUGAUAUAUGAUGUAAUAUAAAUAGUGAAUUUAGUGAAAAGAGAAAAAUAUGUGUCUCAUAAUGUAUACUAUGCAACGUGCUACACGCGCGUAUCAUUCUAGAUUAAUGAAUUAGAUGCUUUGAAUCAGACAAUAAAAAACAAGAAAGCAGCAUUUUUCUUUUAAUGGUCGCAUUUUCACAUUCCUUUUGAACAAGAACGUAAAAACAUUUUUUACCUGUUUCAUCUGAAAAAAGAAAGCAGCCUGUGAUCAGUGUACACGCGCAAUACGUACAAUUUUUUGAUUUGCUUUCACGAAAUUCACCCAUUCUGCUUCUGCAAGUGAAACUGCUUGCUUACUAGCUAGCUAUGUCUAUAAAUAUAACUUGUGAGUGAAAUGAAAGGCAUGAAUGAAGAAUAUCUAAUAGAAAAAUAUUGUUUCACACCAUGGGAAGAAUAAGAUACAAUGUGAGUGUUCCAUCAUCUGUUUCUAGAAAUAAAAUCAUUUUCUUUCUGUUGGUUCAAAUUGCACAACUCUGCUGUUUCUUCUUGUGUGCAAAUUCAAACAGUGUCACUGUCCCUCCCUGCAUAGAACGAGAGAGGCAAGCUCUUCUCGAGUUCAAAGCAUCCCUUAUAAAAGUUCCAGCAAAGAGGAUUUCAUCAUGGAAAGAUAGUAGUACUAAUUGUUGCGAAUGGGAAGGCAUAGGAUGUGACAAUGUUACUGGACAUGUUGUCAAGCUUGAUCUCAGGAAUCCUUGCUUCAAGCUAGCAGCAGAAGUAGAAGAAGGAAAAGAAUUUAGUCUGCCAUAUGGAUGUGACUACGGAUUCAAAUUCAAUAGUAACGAGAACGGUGUGGAAUUAAAAUUUUCUAUACAAGCUCCAAAUGUGAGUCAAUCUCUGUUGCGAUUGGAUCACUUGACUUACUUGGACUUGACAGGAAAUAAUUUCAGUUCCAGUCCAAUACCAGACUCCAUUGGUAAUUCUAUGGGACGAUUGAGGUAUCUUUCUCUCUCUCAUGCUAAUUUUGGUGGAAAGAUUCCCAGCAGUUUGAGAAAUCUCAAGAACCUGCACCAUCUUGACCUCCAGGGACGGAUGUACAUUGGCCAAGGUUCGAAUUCUGAUUUACAAAGCAAUGACAUCACUUGGAUCUCUCAAAUUCAGUCACUGCGACGCCUUGACAUGAGUGAUGUUUACCUCGGUGAUGCUGAUGCACACAAUUUGUUCCAGGUACUCACCAUGCUUCCUUCCUUGUCAAGUGUUUACUUGUCUCGUUGUGGACUUAACAAUUCACUUGUUCCCGUCAAUGCUACUCAAAACAUGACAUCCCUUGUGCAUCUUGAUCUUUCAUACAACUUUCUUGUUUCAGUUCCACCAUGGUUUAGCUUAAACCUUGUGUAUGUUCAACUUUCCAGAAACCAUCUUGAUUCAGUUCCAUCAUGGUUUCGUAGCUUAAAGCUUGUGUAUCUUGAUCUUUCGUCCAAUGUUCUCCAUGGUCCGAUUUUUGAGGCUUUCAGAAACAUGACAUCCCUUGUGCAUCUUGAUCUUUCCUACAACGAUCUUGAUCUAAUUCCCUCAUGGUUUAGUGGCUUGAAGCUUGUGUAUCUUGACCUUUCACGCACUGGACUCCAUGGUCCAAUUCCUGAGGCUUUCCGAAACAUGACUUCCAUUCAAACCCUCUACCUUGGCCAGAACAAUUUCACUUCAAUUCCAUCAUGGUUUGUUGAAUUGAAGACACUUUUGGAGCUUGAUCUUUCAUACAAUGAGCUCAUUCCUAAGAAAUAUCCUCUUUCAUCAAUUCUCAGUAACAUGUGUCAUCUAAAGAGGUUAUACUUCUCAAGAAACAAGCUUCGGGAAGAACCAAUUGCAAGCUACCAAUUAUCUGGAUGCAUUAGAUAUGAUCUAGAGGAACUGGAUUUAUCUCAUAAUGAAUUUAGUGAUCGCUUGCCAACUUGGUUAGGGAAACUUGAAAAUUUAGAGUGGCUUGAUCUCGGUUCAAAUUCUUUCUUUGGACCCAUUCCUUUAUCUAUAGGAAAACUGUCCAAGUUAGAAAGCCUAGAUCUGUCAUACAAUAAGUUGGACGGGCCCCUCCCAUACAGUAUUGGGAGACUUGUAAAUUUACAGACUCUUGAUCUUUCAUGCAACUCUUUUAAUGUCCAUUUAGAGUACUUAAACCUUUCUUCUAAUAAAUUCUAUGGUUCCGUUCCUCAAAGUCUAGGGGAACAUGUAAGUCUACAUACACUUGACCUUUCAUUGAACAAUUUAUCUGGUGAAGUACCAAAUUGUUGGAAGGAUAAUCAACGAUGGACUGAAAUAAACUUUGCAUCCAACAAACUAUCAGGUGUGUUUCCAAUCUCACUGGGCAAUUUGUCAUCGUUGUUAUGGCUACACUUGAGAGAUAACAAUCUUCAUGGGAAGCUUCCAAUGCCUUUGAGAAAUUUGAAGAACUUGUUGAUUUUGGACCUUGGUGAGAAUAAGCUUUCUGGCAGUAUACCAUCCUCAUGGAUCGGAAACACCUUUCCCUCACUCCAUAUUCUUAUAUUGCGGCAAAACAUGCUGAGUGGCAGCAUUCCUAACCAACUAUGCCAGCUCACAUCAUUGAAAGUCCUGGACCUUUCCCUUAACAGAUUACAAGGUUCAAUACCUUUGUGCAUAGGCAAUCUUACAGGAAUGGCCCUGGACAAAUCACCAGACAAAGCAAAUGGAAAAUGGAUUUCCAAGAUUCCAUAUGAGUCUUUCAUAGAGGAUUCUGAAUGGUCGGAUGAGGAUAUCACACAAGUCAUUAAAGGAAUUGAAGUUCACUAUAAACAAAUUACAAAACUCGUAGUAAACAUGGACUUGUCAAGCAACAAUUUGGUUGGAACUAUUCCCAAUGGAAUAACUUUGAUCACAGGACUGCAUUUCUUGAACCUGUCAAAUAAUCAUUUGAAAGGAGAGAUCCCUAGUAUGAUAGGGAACAUGAAAGAAUUGGAAUCCUUGGAUGUGUCUCAUAACCAAAUUUAUGGCACCAUUCCAAACAGCAUGCCUGCUUUAACUUCAUUCAGCAGUUUAAACUUGUCACACAACAAUCUUUCAGGACCAAUUCCCCAAAAAUAUCAGUUUCUCACUUUUAAUGACCCAUCUAUUUAUGCUGAUAACCCAUACCUUUGUGGACCUCCGCUCCUAAAUAAAUGUCAUGAUGAUGUUUCACAUGAAGCUCCUGAAAGCAAAGGUAAUGAAGAUGAAGAUGGCAACAAAGAUGAGGUAGAAAACAUAUGGUUCUACUUUGUCAUAGCAGCUGGCUUUGCAACUGGUUUCUGGGGAGUCAUUGGCACAUUAUUGUUCAAGAAGAAUUUGAGGCAUGCUUACUUCAGAUGGGUGGAAGUUGUAGCAGACAAGAUUUAUGUGGCAAGUGUGUUAAAAGUUGCAAAGCUAAAGAAACACACAAUGAGAAACCAAGCUCAUGGGUGACUGUGUUUCUUUUCUGUCUUUCUUUCUCUAAAUGUUUCAUUUCAGAGUUGAAUAAGGUUUAUGCUCUUCUUUGUAUUUUCUUUCUUGUAAUAGAUUUGGUUUCUAGUUUACAAUAUGGUGUAUGAGUUUUGUGAAAAAAUAAUUCCUAUUUAUGUAAGCCACUACUACU